UCCAACGCACAGCGACGCGCAACCCGCGUCCCAGAGGAAAUCCCCAAUUCCCCACCCUCCCCGUCCCGCCGGAGAGAGAGAGAUGGCAUCGGCGUCGGAGAUGCAGCCGCUCGCGCCUGCGGGGUACCGCCGCGCGCCGGAGAUGAAGGAGAAGGUGGAGGCGUCGGCGGUGGACCUGGAGGCCGGGACCGGGGAGACGCUGUACCCGGGGAUCUCGCGCGGGGAAAGCGCCCUCCGCUGGGGCUUCGUCCGCAAGGUCUACGGCAUCCUCGCCGCGCAGCUGCUCCUCACCACCGCCGUCUCCGCCGUCACCGUCCUCCACCCCACACUCAACGCCACGCUCUCAUCCUCCCCCGGCCUCGCGCUCGCGCUGGCCGUCCUGCCAUUCAUCCUGAUGAUCCCAUUGUAUCAUUAUCAGCACAAACACCCACACAAUUUCGUUUUCCUGGGUUUGUUUACUUUGUGUUUGAGCUUCAGCAUUGGUGUGGCUUGCGCUAACACUCAAGGAAGAAUUGUGCUUGAGGCAUUAAUAUUGACUGCUGGCGUGGUUGCUUCUUUGACUGGAUAUGCUUUCUGGGCUUCAAAGAAGGGCAAGGAAUUUGGAUAUCUCGGGCCUAUUCUGUUUUCUGGUCUUACCAUCCUUGUCUUAACAAGCUUCCUCCAGAUUUUCUUCCCAUUGGGACCUGCAUCGGUUGCUUUGUUCGGUGGGCUUGGAGCUUUGGUUUUCUCAGGUUUCAUUCUCUAUGACACCGAAAGCUUGAUAAGGCGCCACACCUAUGAUGAGUACAUCUGGGCGUCUGUUGGGCUCUACCUUGACAUCCUGAAUUUGUUCCUUACCAUCCUCAACAUGCUCAAGAACAUGCAAUCCGAUAGCUAGUGGGUCCAUCUGUACCAGACAGACAAUGUAUCAGCUUGGGGUUUGCUGAACUGUAAUCUAAAUACCUAUAUAUGUGGAAACCUGUAAUGCUGUUCCUCUACCGUCAGAGGACAAUUAAAGUACGACAUAAGUAUAGGUGGUGGUGGUGUUCGAAUCUGUGUCAAGAUCUUGACAUACUGCUAAUAAUUGUCACCUUGCGUCGUUUUUUCAUGUUA